AUGUCGAAACUACAACACUGCCGAAAUGCAUUGGAGGACUUGAUUAUUUGUGUGAUUUUGGUUUUAGAGGUCAACCAAUUUGCAGCCGGGGUAUCUGGUUUCACUAUUUCGAUACGUGAGGGCCAGGAGGUGACACUUCCGUGCAUGCUGCCACCUGGUGGAACGUCCGGUUACACGGUUGCUUGGAUGUUUGGGCAUAAACAGAUUUCUGAAAAUGAAAAAAUCACGGCGAAAAGCGAGGCUCACCGAAUGGUAAUUGACCGUCCACACAAAAGCGAUUGGUUUCUGCGGAUAGGUGACACAAAAAAGUCCGACGCUGGGGUCUACGUGUGCCUCAUGGACCGAACAGUUGUGGUCAAUGCGAAGCUGGUCAUUGAAUACCCACCGUCGAUCACGGGUUACAAGUCGUUUGACGUGCAUUACCGCGUGUGCGAAGGGACGCCACGUGUGACGUUAUGGUGCAACGUCACCGGCGUACCGCGGCCUACAAUACGUUGGUUCUACCUCAAGACACAGACAAGUGAACGCAAGUACAUAGGUUUGUUAAAUGAAAUGGUUGUGUUACCGGAAGUCGGUCCGUCCACACAGGGCCUGUACCGGUGUGAGGUCAGCAAUCUCCACGGGAAAGAUGCCCUAACCUACCACAUUGACGUCAUAGAGAGGUCGACCCGUGUAGACAGCGCCUGGACAUACGAGGCUAACGCCAUACCCGACAUCCCCCUAGCCGCAAACGAUCUCCUCGGAAUUACCGCUCCCGUUACCACCGCCGCCGACAAGUUGACCACCACGACGGUAGUCCAAGAUUUUUUUGCCGACAUGGCGAAAACGACGGCGGCGCAGGUUUCCAACACGGUCGAGACGAAGAAAAUAGUUCUUACGAGCACACAGACUGUGCCCAUGUUGCCGACGACACAGACUCUGCCCAUGUUGCCGACAACAAGAGAGAGCCCCAGGGCUGGGCUGGUCAGCGCAGUUUCGAAACUUUCACAUGCACCUUGGCUUUGUUUCUCCGUUGUUUUAUUUUCUAUCAGAUGUUACUAA